AUGGUUUCGCCCCUAGCCGCUACGCCCAAUCCGUUCCGUGGAGUGGUGGUCAACACCGCUGAACUGCCAAUCGAUCCCGAUGAAUUCGCCACGCGAUUGGACGCCUCCAUAGCAGAGUGGCGGGACGCGGGUUACGAGGUGGGCUGGGUGGACAUCCCCAUCGGAUUGGCUUCACACGUCCCCAUCGCCGUACAGCGCGGAUUUGGCUACCACCACGCGGACGGCGACGGUAUUACGGCGACCCUGACCCUCGUACCCGGUUCGUUCAUCCCGUCAUACGCGACCCACUACGUGGGGGCCGGAGGCGUGGUGGUCAACGACCGGAACGAAUUGCUGGUGGUCUGUGAACGCUACCGCAUCGACAAUCGCCCUCCCUUCUACAAGCUUCCCGGAGGAGCCCUGGAGCCUGGCGAGAACAUCGUCGAUUCCAUCGUCCGCGAGGUCUUGGAGGAGACCGGAAUCGAGGCUGAAUUCCAGGCGCUGGCCUGCUUCCGCCACUGGCACGGAUACCGUUACGGCAAGUCGGACAUCUACUUCGUCUGCCGCCUGAAAGCGCUGACCCAGCAGAUCAAGAUGGGCGAAACGGAGAUCGAGGAAUGCCUCUGGAUGCCCGUCAACGAUUUCAUGGCAGACGACGACAUCAGCCCCUUUUAA